UUCAUAAACCAAACACACCACUGGUCACAAAGUUUUUCCUUAAUACUUAAUUUUCUUCUUCCACCUUCUCACUGUCACAAUCUCUUCACAAAAAUGGGGAAAAACACAAAGAAAAACACAACAACCUACGAAGAUGUAAACGACAACACUUGGUUUUGGUUAAUUCAAAAAGGAACAACAACAACAACAUUCACAACAAUCACAUUAUUUGCAUUACUGAUCCGUUUCAUGGUUUCAUUGUACCCUUAUUCAGGAUCCGGAAACCCACCAAAAUUCGGAGAUUUCGAAGCACAAAGACAUUGGAUGGAGAUAACAAUAAAUGUUCCAAUUCGUGAAUGGUAUAGAAAUGGAACGGAUAAUGAUUUGAGUUAUUGGGGUCUUGAUUAUCCUCCUCUUACUGCUUACCAGAGUUUUCUUCAUGGAAUUUUUCUCAGAUUCUUUUGUCCUCAUUGUGUUUCUCUUUUUGAUUCUAGAGGUCAUGAAUCCUAUCUUGGAAAACAACUGAUGAGGUGGACAGUGAUAUCAUCCGAUGUCCUGAUAUUCUUUCCGGCUGUUUUGUACUUCCUUAUUGUUCAUUAUAAACAACCUUCACCGAGCCGUAAAAGUGAUUUGGCGUGGCACACUACAAUGCUUUUGCUAAACCCGUGUUUGAUCUUAAUCGAUCACGGUCACUUUCAGUUCAACUGUAUCAGCUUGGGCUUUACUGUUGCAGCUGUUGCUGCUAUCCUCUCAGGGAAAGAUCUCGUUGGCUCUGUUCUGUAUUGUCUAGCUCUAAAUCAUAAACAGAUGAGUGCAUAUUUUGCGCCUGCUUUUUUCAGCCAUCUACUUGGAAAAUGCUUGAGACGUCAACAUCCACUCCUUGAGGUGUCAAAACUAGGAUUGGUGGUCUUAGGAACCUUUGUAGCAGUGUGGUGGCCUUAUCUGUAUUCAACGAAUUCCGCCUUAGAGGUCCUCUCUCGUCUUGCUCCCUUUGAAAGGGGAAUAUUUGAAGAUUAUGUGGCCAAUUUUUGGUGUGCCACUUCAAUUCUCAUCAAGUGGAAGAGAUUGUUUGCAACAGGGCCACUAAAACUUCUCAGUUUCUCUGCAACAAUUAUAUCAUGUUUUCCUUCAAUGGUUCAACAAAUAAAGUCUCCAAGUAAUCAAGGGUUCCUUUAUGGCCUGCUCAACAGUUCUUUGUCAUUUUACUUGUUUUCUUUUCAAGUGCAUGAGAAGUCCAUUUUGCUGCCACUUCUUCCAGCAACCCUGUUGGCUAUGGAAGAGCCCUUUAUUUUUCGCUGGUUCAUGCAAUUUGCCAUGCUCUCGAUGUUCCCUCUCAUGGUUCGCGAUGGCUUGAUUAUUCCAUAUUUCGCUUUAUUCGCACUCUUUUUCUUGGUACUAAAUGCACCUGGUCAACAAAAAGUUAGAGAUAACAACUUCUUAAGCAAUUAUUUAGGCUCAACAUCGAUGCAUCUUAUUUUAUGUUGUUCUUUAAUUCUUCACAUAGUUUAUUUAACCAUGCAACCUCCUAAGAAGUAUCCUUUUCUUUUUGAAGCAAUGAUUAUGAAUCUUUGCUUCUCUCAAUUUGUGAUUGUAACUCUUGGCUACAAUAUAAAGCAGUGGAUGUUAAAUAAACCUGAAAAAUUAGAAGAAAUAGAAAAGAAGCUCAUUUGACAUUGGUUUCACUUUUAAAGUUAGAUGAAUUGUUUUUGUUAUAAAGUUGGAUUAGGUGUGGCAUGUUUGAUGCAUUUUAACUAUGAUUUAUAUAAAUUUAAUUAAAGAGAUUGGCCUGCAUUGACUUA